CUUGCUGCAUCUUUUUUUAUGUUUUUUCAUAUUUUUAGAGGCUUCACUUUUCUUUAGAAACCUGACAGAAGAAUCAAAAUGUCAAACGACCACCAACAGGGCGAACCUGCCCCCCGCAGACGCUUGGUGCCCUGCAUCAUCAUCUUUGUGCUCGGUGUGGGAUCUCUGCUGCCAUGGAACUUCUUCAUCAUCGCGUCUCAGUAUUUCCAACGGCGCCUGGCAGCAGAACCAAGCACCACGUCGGGGGGCGGAGGCUACAGCUAUGAGCUCUGGAUGCCCCUGGCUGCCAAUCUGCCCCUGGUGGUCUCCAGCCUGCUCAACUGCCUCUGCACCAGCGGUUGUGGGCGUGGCCUUCCAGCGGCUCUGCGCAGGUGUUGUGGGCGUGGCCUUCCAGCGGCUCCGUGUGGGAGUUGUGAUCUUAAACACUGCCCGCUCGUGGUCUCCACCAUGGUCUUGAUCAGCGGGUUAUUUGCUGCCACGGCCGUCCUGGUGGAUGUCGACAUGGAGCCGCGCAUCUUCUUCUACGUCACCAUGGCGACCAUCGUGGUCAUCAACAUGUCCAACGGCGUGCUGGUGGGGAGUCUGUUCGGUGUGGUCAGUCUGCUCUUCCAACAGCACUUGCGUUGGUUCAUGAUCGGUCAGGGGGCGUCCGGGCUCAUCGCUGCACUCGUGAUGCUCGUCUCCAUCUUAAGUGGAGUACCUGAGCAGGCGUACUUCAUCAUCCCGUGUGUCGUCGCCGCGGUAACCUUGGCGUGUUACCUGUGUCUGGGGAUGUCACCAAGGACACACACACACGGCGACGGAGUCGACUCUCCUCAGCAGGACUCACAGGAGCCCCCCGGCAGCACAGAAAUGACGGCGUUGAGCAACAGCAGCGAAGCCCCCGAGGACCAGAGGAGGGACGAGAAUCAGGAGCGAUGCUCCGGCUGGCGUGUCUUCAAGGAGAUCAGGUGGAUGGCUGCGUACGUGAUGGCCGUGUUCAUCGUCACCCUGUCGGUGUUUCCUGUGAUCACGAGCAGAGUUCAGACCGUCUCCAAGGACAACGCCGCCUGGGACAAAGUGUUCACCUGCGUUUGCUGCCUCAUCGUUUUCAACGCCAUGGACCUCUUGGGCCGCAUCGCCACCAUUUUCGUCCAAUGGCCCUCGAAGGAGAGCCGUUGGCUUCCCAUCGCCGUGGCGUCUCGCGGGCUCUUCGUCCCUCUGCUCAUCAUGUGCAACGUGCAGAACUUCAGAUCUCCCGCCGUCUUCCGCAGCGACGGUUUCUUCGCCUUCAUCAUGGCGCUGUUCGCCGUCUCCAACGGGUACCUGGCGAGCCUCUGCGAGGCCUACGCUCCACGGUGAGUCUGCAACAGGAAGCGGUUGUACUUCACGGUGCAGCAGGACGGGGUUCUUCUGCUCAGACUCCUCGGAAGUCCAAGUUUGCUUGAAAACCAACCAACCCGACCGACGCAGCAGGAGACCCGUGGCUUUAACGUGACCAUGAACCGACCCUGUUCACGCGGACGCACGUGGUGACUGCGCUUUGUGUCCGUCAGGUUGGUGCGGGGUGCAGACUGCGAGGCGGCCGGCCUGGUGAUGAGCCUCUUCAUGGUCCUGGGCCUGUCGCUGGGAGCGUUUCUCUCCUUCUGGUACAUGAGAGUUCUCAGCUGUGAUCUCAGCAGCUCCCAUUGAUUCCAGGUUCGCGUCCACAUUGCUCCUCUCAACCUCCGCAAACGUGUAGCACGAUGGCCGCGCGCGUGACGAAGACGCGACGCCCUCGUUUCCAAACUGAUCCGUUUCCAGAGCGCCGAAGAGGCUCGGCGUGAACGUAGCAGAACACGUGCGUUUUGAAGGGGAAACGCUGUGUGUGGAUGUCGCCUCAGAAUAGUGAUCACUGGUGGGAACUGUUUGUAAUCUACAGAAUUAUAAAGCUCAAGCUUCUUUUUAACUGUUUUAAUAAGGGAUCGUUUAAUUGGACUUUUUGGUGGUUUCGCUGUGCAAUGGUGUUGUCUUUUUGUGUCCUUUUUAAAAAGCAAAAUAAGUUUCUCUGGCUCUCAUAAUAAAGUAAACAAAUUGUGUAUUUGUACAUCGGACGACGCGGCUGUGAC